GACAACAGAGGAUAGGAUAGGAUAGGAUACCGGCCGCCGGGGAAGUAAAGCCUCCACACUCAUGCCUUGAAAAAGGGAACAUUUUGGAAUUGCUGUUAAUGGGGAGAAAUCAAAUUCACCUGGAGUUCUGAAAAUGAUCGAAACAAUGGAUACACAGCGUGCCUUGCAGGCGGUGGAGCGUCUCCAGGCCAAACUAAAGGAGCGGGGGGAGGUGCCCACUGAGGAGAAGCUCAGCCUGCUCAAAUCAGUGCUCCAGAGCCCCCUCUUCCACCAGAUCCUGGCCUUGCAGAAGUCUGUUCAGCAUCUCAGAGACCAGGGGAGUGUCCCAGCGUCACGUGGGAGCGACCUUGGCGAUCCGGUAACAGCAGUCAAGCCCAAUGGUGGCCAUGUUUCCUAUGCAGAAAUAUCAGCCACUACACUCAAUGGCAAGACAUCAUCUGAAGAGUUUGAACACGUUAUUCAAACUAUGGCGCAGGGGCGCUUUGUGACGCACGUGGACCUGCAGAAGCCAGUGUCAGGAGGCCUCGGUUUCAGCGUGGUGGGCCUAAAGAGCGAGAACCGCGGAGAGCUCGGCAUCUUUAUACAGGAAAUUCAACCAGGAAGUGUGGCUGACUGUGAUGGAAAGCUCAGAGAGGCUGACCAGAUCUUAGCCAUCAAUGGCCAACCGCUGGACCAGACAGUGACCCACCAGCAGGCUAUAAGCAUCCUGCAGAGUGCUGCGGAGAGGGUGCAGCUCACCGUGGCGAGAGGACCAAUACCUCAGCUGGCCAGUCCUGCAGUUUCCCGCACGCCCUCUGCUGCCAGUACACUGUCUGCCAACUCCAGCGCGUGGCAGCACGUGGAGACAAUUGAGCUGGUCAAUGAUGGCACUGGCCUUGGAUUUGGUAUUGUGGGAGGAAAGACCACUGGAGUCAUUGUCAAAACCAUCCUUCCUGGAGGCAUAGCUGAUCAGGAUGGCCGCCUGCGCAGCGGGGACCAUAUCCUGAGAAUAGGAGACACUGACCUGCACGGCAUGGGCAGCGAACAGGUGGCGCAGGUCCUCAGGCAGUGUGGCAACAGGGUGAAGCUGGUGGUUACCCGUGGUCCUGUGGACGAGAAUCCCUCUCUCUCUGCUGUCAUGCCUGUGGUGCUCCCCACUGUCAGUGAACAGGGCUAUGAGGAAGAGGAGGAUGAAGCAUUUGAUGUGAGCCUUACUAAGAACACACAGGGACUGGGGAUCACUAUUGCAGGUUAUGUCGGAGAUAAAAAUUCAGAGCCCUCUGGCAUUUUUGUUAAGAGCAUAACAAAAGACAGUGCCGUAGAUCAAGAUGGCCGUAUUCAUGUUGGAGAUCAGAUAAUAGCUGUCGACGGCGUCAACAUCCAGGGAUACACCAAUCAGCAGGCAGUGGAGGUGCUCAGACACACGGGCCAGACAGUCCACCUUAAGCUGAUUCGGCGGGGCUUCAGGCCUGACGAAAUCCCCCCUGCUGUGGCCCCCAGUGUCACCAUCCUGCCCCCUUCCACCACCAUCCCCACUACCACCAUUGUCAUGAUGGAGCUGGAGCAGGAGAGGAAGAAGGCUGAGGAGGCUGCUCAAGUCACCACAGAUGAAAAGGCGCUCCAGACAAAGAGUGAAGGAUCUGAUGUCAGCCCAGCCACGGAUCAGCUAACAGAAGACAAACAUGGGAUAAGGCUAACAGCCUUUGAAGAGGAGGAACUAAUGAAGAAAUGGCAAGAGAUUCUGGGUCCAACUAAUGAAGUUGUGGUGGCUCAGGUGGAGAAGUUUAGUGAGAGCAGUGGCCUGGGCAUCAGUCUGGAAGCCAACAGUGGGCAUCAUUACAUUCGCUCUGUUCUUCCCGAGGGACCUGUCGGUCGCUGUGGAAAGCUUUUCAGUGGCGAUGAACUGCUUGAGGUCAAUGGCAUAUCUCUGAUUGGUGAAACCCACAAGGAAGUAGUCAGAAUAUUGAAGGAGCUUCCACUUUGCGUAUACAUGACGUGCUGUAGGCCCGCCCCUCACCUGCAGACUGACAUGGAUGCUGACCAACCUGAACCAGAGACGUUGUCCACAUCAUCUAAACUGAAGAAACAAAUAGACCUGAGCAGCACACUGGCUGCUGAAGACUCAGAGGUAAACGCAGCAGCAGCGACAGCGACAGUGACACAGGAUAAUGUGACAGAGGAGGCGACAGGAUCUCCUUUGGCCAUGUGGGAGUUGGCGAUCCAGAAUAUCGAGCUUGAAAAGGGAGAAGGGGGAUUGGGAUUCAGCAUACUGGACUACCAGGACCCACUGGACCCCGCCAAGACGGUGAUCGUGAUUCGCUCUCUGGUUCCCAGCGGUGUGGCCGAACAAGAUGGCAGGCUGUUGCCAGGAGACCGACUCAUGUAUGUUAACGCCACCAACCUGGAGAAUGCCAGCCUGGAAGAUGCUGUCCAGGCCCUGAAGGGAGCCAACCUCGGCAAGGUCCAAAUAGGAGUAGCCAAACCGCUGCCUGGAAUAUGUGGAUAUUCCCACUCUCCACACCCAUAUGGUGAGCAGGAAAUUACUCCAUCAUCCACCAUCCAUUCAUUUGACUUCAACAGUAUUUUGGUUGAAGAAGGAGAGGAAGAAGGACUGGCUGAGGGCAUCGUUUACCGAGCAGAGCCUGCAUUGAUCGACACCAGCGAAGCAGACCUGUCCGAUGAAAAGGCAUUAGAUCACACUUACUCUGGGAUAGAGGACGACGCUUUCCAGGCAUCCAUGAUCGCUCUUCAUGGUAGCAGCUGUAGCGCAGACCUGGAUUACCUGCACUCAUCUACGCCCAAGCUGACAGCCCGCCUGGACUUGUUGGAUGAGCAUCCCUGCUUCGCAACACCGUCCGGCCUUGCAGACAACACUCGAGAGUCUGCCUCUUUCACUCCUCCGAGUUUGAGAGGUCACGUCCCGACCUUUAAUGACAUACUGAGCAGUUCUGAUCAGUUCCUGGCACAGCACUCUGCCAAUGAGGAGCCAGCAGAGGGCUUACACUCAUACAGCCCCUUUGCUGAAACAGGGACCAGAUCGUCUGUCCCCGAUGAACCUGCGGAGUCUCUUCACUAUCAGAGGGAGCCACCCAUGUCUUUUGGAGAUAUUGGAGAUAUAAAGAUUUUGAUGAAGGAUAAGGAGGCUGGUGUGAAUGAAUCAGCAGAAGACGGUGACAAGGAAACACUGACCUCGGGGAGCAACUUUGAAAGGACUAUCACAGUUGUCAAGGGCAAUUCCAGCCUGGGGAUGACUGUGAGCGCCAAGAAAGAUGGUUUGGGCAUGCUGAUCCGCAGUAUAAUCCACGGUGGAUCCAUUAGCCGUGAUGGACGUCUGGGUGUUGGCGAUCUCAUUCUGGCAAUCAACGGAGAGCCCACAGCCAACCUGACCAACGCUCAGGCUCGAGCCAUGCUUAGACGACACUCGCUCAUUGGACCAGACCUGGGAUCUGCUUGUGCACCUGAGGACGAUCUGUGCCCAUUUUAUGUCAUUACAUAUGUUCCAGCAGAGUAUCUGGAGGAGUACAAGACUAGCCUAGAGCAGGAUAAAGAUGAUGUCUUCUCUGAAACUGCUCCAGUUCCAGUUCCAGAUCCAAAAGAUAUUCCUAACCUCCCUGAACGGGAAGAUGGAGAGGGAGAGGAGAGUGCCUCUUACAGCAACUGGAACCAACCAAGAAAAGUGGAGCUCUUCCGGGCGCCAGGCAAGUCCUUGGGAAUCAGUAUCGUUGGGGGCCGAGGGAUGGGCAGCCGGCUGAGCAAUGGAGAGGUGAUGAGGGGCAUUUUUAUCAAGCACAUCCUGGAGGACAGUCCUGCUGGACAGAACGGGACCCUGAAACCUGGAGACAGAAUCGUAGAGGUGGAUGGAGUAGAUCUAAGAGAUGCUAGUCACGAGGAGGCAGUGGAGGCCAUACGCAGGGCAGGCAACCCUGUCUCCUUUUUGGUCCAGAGUAUAAUCCACAGGCCCAGGUCAUCGGUAACGGAGUCCAGUGAGGAAAAAGCUGCAGCUAUGACAAAGGACAACAAGGACAAGGAGGGUUACAGUCACAGUAGACUUUUCCUCCGCCUCUCCCCAACUAACCCUUUCACUCCUACCCCAUUUAAGCCGGCGAAGCGUGAAGCGGCGAAGGCAUCUCCCACCAGCACUGUCCUCCCCCUGCCAGUGGUGCCCCAUGUGGGAGAGACUGAUACAGACACGCUAACAGAGAUUCCUGGCAGACCUGCUGAGGCAGAGGAGGAGAAAGAGAAAGAGGAGGAGGAGGAGGCGGAGGAUGAGUUUGGAUACAACUGGAAGAACAUAAUCCAGAGAUAUGGCAGCCUGCCGGGUGUCCUACACAUGAUUGAGCUGGAGAAAGGCAAGACAGGCCUGGGCCUCAGCCUGGCGGGGAACAGGGACCGCUCUCGCAUGAGCGUCUUCGUGGUGGGAAUAGACCCCAGUGGGGCGGCUGGCAGGGACGGACGCAUGGUAGUGGGGGAUGAGCUGCUGGAGAUCAAUGGGCAAGUUCUUUAUGGCCACAGUCACCAGAAUGCAUCAUCCAUAAUCAAGAGCUCUCCAUCCAAAGUCAAAAUCAUCUUUGUCAGGAACACGGAGGCACUGAACCAGAUGGCUGUGGGACCUGUGAGAGAGCACGAGGGAGACACAGAGGAGCCUCACGCUGAGCCAGAAACGAAUGCUGCUAAUGGUGACGCCGAUACUUCAGAACAUGUGCAUCACAGCAUAAAACUGAAGGAGGACGGGGGACUUGGCAUCACCUUUGUGGAGGGGAACACUGAGAGUGGAGUUGAGAUUCAGAGUAUAACUGAAGUGAAAGGACACACGGGCAAAGAGGGCUGCAUGAAACCAGGGGACAAACUCUUAGCUGUGAAUGGAGAAUCAGUGCUUGGCUAUACUGUGAAACAGGUCAAUUCUCUACUACGAAAAGCCAAAGGUCCUGUGAAGCUAACCUUCUCUACAAAUGAGACCCCCCCCUCCCUCUCCUCUCCCCAGUCAACCAGCCAUGAUGGGGACUGCUCGGAUGACGUCCUUGCCAGCCUACCCAGCAUGCCUAGUGCUGCUACGACCACGCAUGUCCAACCAGAAGUGGAGGCAGCCACUAGUCCGAGUCGCUCAUCCACUCCUUCCACUCUGACCUGUGACCCGGCGACCUGUCCCAUCAUCCCUGGCUGUGAGACCACCAUCGACAUCUCAAAGGGACGCACGGGGCUGGGCCUCAGCAUCGUGGGAGGCUGUGACACCCUGUUGGGGGCCAUCAUUAUCCAUGAAGUUUAUGAAGAAGGGGCAGCCUCGAAAGAUGGCAGGCUUUGGGCAGGAGACCAAAUCUUAGAGGUGAAUGGCAUCGACCUGCGCGCGGCCAGUCAUGACGAAGCCAUCAACGUGCUGCGGCAGACCCCACAGAGAGUCCGGCUGACAGUAUAUAGGGACGAGGCCCAGUACAAGGAGGAAGAUCUGUGGGACUCGUUCACUGUGGAGCUCCACAAGCAGCCGGGUCAGGGCCUGGGCCUGAGCAUCGUUGGGAGGAGGAAUGACACAGGAGUGUUUGUGUCUGACAUUGUGAAAGGAGGUUUGGUGGAUACUGACGGUCGACUCAUGCAGGGCGACCAGAUCCUGUCAGUCAAUGGUGAGGAUGUCAGGUCGACCACACAGGAGGCCGUGGCUGCACUACUCAAGUGCUGCGUGGGGCCUAUAAAAAUGGAAGUAGGGAGGUUCAAGGCAGGUCCCUUCCACUCAGAAAGAAGGCUGUCUCAAUGUAGUCAGAUUAGUGAAACAGGCAGCACCAAGGUGGCCUCUCAGUCAUGCACAGACUCCGGGAACCUUCCAGGUGACCCUGAAAAAAUAAUAAGGAGUCCAGAUUCUCCGGAGCAGCAGGACACGAGAACAGUCGAGUUCACUAAAGGUCCCAAUGAUUCUCUGGGUAUCAGUAUAGCAGGGGGCGUGGGCAGCCCCCUGGGUGACAUCCCCAUCUUUAUCGCUAUGAUGAAUCCUGUCGGCCUGGCUGCUCAGACCCAAAAGCUCAAGAUCGGGGACCGCAUUGUCAGUAUCUGUGGGACAUCUGCUGAAGGCAUGACCCACUCACAGGCUGUCACUCUGCUCAAGAACGCCACAGGCACAAUACAGCUGCAGGUGGUAGCGGGCGGUGACACCACUGUUACAGGCCCCUCUCAGGAGCAGGCAGCCGGAGGUCUCACACCCAGCUGCAUCUUUCAGGAUGAUCUCGGCCCUCCUCAGUAUAAGACCAUCAAUCUUGAAAGAGGACCGGACGGACUGGGUUUCAGUAUAGUCGGUGGGUACGGCAGCCCCCAUGGAGACUUGCCGAUCUAUGUUAAAACUGUUUUUGGAAAGGGGGCAGCAGCGGAAGACGGCCGCCUGAAGCGAGGAGACCAGAUAAUGGCUGUUAACGGGCAGACCCUGGAGGGCGUCACUCAUGAAGAAGCUGUCGGCAUUCUUAAGAGGACCAAAGGAACUGUCACACUCACUGUGCUAUCAUAGACUUGCAACCUGUCUUCACUACUUUUCCUACACUUCCUAUCACCCCCAAAGUAAAUCCACAUCUAUAAAGACUGAAACUUUAAAAUAGCAACACAUCUCGCAAGUGUGAUGUCAUGUCUAGCAGUAGGAGAAAUCAAACCUGCAAUAUUUCACAACUUGAAGAUUGUGUUAAAGUCACCAGAUGUUCACCUGUGAAAAUUUGCACAGUGAAAUAGAAACAACCAUGUACUGAUAAUCAUGUAGAAACUUAUUGCUCAAUGUAGCUUUGAACACUGUGAUCCAGGUAAGUCUGCAGGAAGUAGACUAUGUCAUGAUAAAAGAGCUUUUAUCACUGUCACCCAAACUGCUCCCAAUAUAACAUGUACAGAAGAUAUGAAGUAUGAAUCCAGAAAUAGUUUGCCAUACAGUUUUACUCAGUCGUUAUAUGAAUCUCAAGGAGGUUAUGAAUAGUUUUAUGGUGUGUUCACACCAAAGGCAAAGGGAGUGUUUCAUACAGACAAAUUACAAAUAAAGUUAAUGCAAAAAAUGUGAAUAAAUGCAACGCCAAUGAUGCAAAUUCACAAAAUUUGCACUAUUUGUGUAAUUUGUGCAGAUGUAGUAAAAGCCUGUCAGCAUUGAGAUCUGGUUGAGGUUCUUCUGACAUUACUAAGAAUUGGAAAUGGAGAGCACACUUGUUGUCCCUGUCUGUGGGCACCUGCAAGUCUACCAUUCAAUGUCAGUUCUGGACAGAAACAGAACAAACAAGAAGAGGGCUCAGAUUAUUAUAUAAUUAUAUUAGAUAUUACUGCUGGUGGCCCUUAACUAUAAGAGUAUACACAUAAUAUGAUGUUAAUUCCACGACAGUCUUGAUGAUCAUUAAUAAUAGGUGUUUAAAAAUAAGUGGAUAUAUCGGUAUUGGUUAUUAGCCAAGUGAGUUUUGAUAUAUCCACAUAUUUAAAUUAAUAUUGUGCAACCCUAGUGUUUUUGACCAAACAAUUUUGUUGAGUUGCUUCUAAGCAAAGUGCUGGAGUAAUCUAAGUUGGUCUUUUAUUGUUAAAGGUAAACAACAGAAAGAGCGUAGUGGUAAUGCUCUGUGUUGACAGCAUGAAAAACAAGCAAGAAAGCAAGAAUGUUGCUGUCUUUUUUCAUGCUGGUUCAGGCACGAAGCCUUACUGUUAUACGGUUUUCACAUCACUUCAUUGCUGCUAUUGGUUGUACUUUACUACAAACCAAGUUAGACGUUAGUGGUCUUCUAAAGUUAGUUAGCACAACUGUUAGCACAGCUAUUAAGGGUAAAUAUUGUGAAAUGCACCAAAAAACACUGUAAAAAUACAGCCACUGUAUUCAUGCAUUUAGUGCAAAGCAAAAAUUCGCUUUGCGUUUGGUGUGAACACAUCAUUAGACACUUACAUUCCAUAACUCUAGAUUGAAGUAUUCACUGAACAUAGUGGCUAAAAUAUUUUGCCAUUUCCUGUAUUGAAAUGAACAGACUGUGAGACCAUUAUUUUCAGGAGUAUUUCAGAACAGAGAGCACCCUAAAGCAAUAUCAGAAUAUUUCUACAGAGGAGAGGCCUAUUUUUCAAGGUUCUUAACAGUCUGGGGUCUACUUAUAGGGGCAACCUCACAAUAAAUUCAGAGCAUGAAACAACAUGAAAAUGUCUGUAAGGCAAUUAACGGAUUAGCAGAAUUUAGCUAAUGGCCAUAUUAGUUGAUGACAACAUUAUUUGUCUUUUAUAUUGCACUGCUGCUGGCAAUUCAUCAUGCUGAUUUUCCCCGAAAGGUUGAUGCUGCUGUAACUGGUGUUAAUCAACUUAUCAUGAAGUCACUGUUGUUUUAGCAGAAGCGGCCAAUAGAGCAUUUUGAGUGCUCAUGGCUAAAAGUCUGAUGUUGUAAAUACGAAGAAAGAUGUGAGAUCCUCAAAUGAAGAAGUAUUGAGUGUGUGUGACUGUGAGUGCGUGUGAAACAACUCACUGAAAUAUAGUGCUGCUAAAGCCGUAUAUGUAAGGUAUUUUGUCAGUAUUUGGAUUUUUUUGAAGUAUUAAUUAAUGCGCAAAGAAAAGCAAAUGACCUGUUAUCUAGGUUAGAGUGAACAAGCGGUUCUCCUGAAGUGUUUAACUUGUCAGAUGGUUAUAUAAUGGACCUGAGCUCAUUUUGACCUUUUUGUUUACCCAAAACAGAGUAAUCAAGUGUGUAGUGUCUGAAGUAAUUAGGCAUAUGUUGUGUUUCUUAGUGUAUAAGAGAGUUGUCUGCUCUCUGUCUUAUCACCUUAAAUAUGUGUCUCUAGCACUGUCCAUGUGACAGUAUUGAUUCUGUUCACACUGAAUUAAAUAAAAGUGACCUUUGGAUUCAGUCUA